CUGCGGGUGAGUUUUGUUUUGAUCAGCGUGAUACCCAAACGUUAUAUGUCUUAUUUACGCGCGUCUCGAGCCAAGCAACGCUUCCGGUCUGUCCGAGCGCUCGGCUGGUUUGAUUGCUGUAGAUGCGGUGGCCAUGGCGCUCAACCUGUGCUCAUCGCACUUCCAGACCUCCAUUCAAUGCGACAAGCUGUGCGCUGACGGUUACGACGUCUCCAACCUGCUCUCCGCCGAUCCGGCCGCCCGCCGCAGGGGCUUCAAGCUUGAAUACUUCCUCCGGGCUCCGUUCCACGUCACGCUGAGCUUCCGGGAGGAGGUGGAUCUGUGCCGGCUGGACCUGGAGCUGUGGCCGUGGGGGAUGGAUCAGGGGAGGAGCUCGCGGCGGCUGGAGAUCCUGACGUGUCCGGAGCGGGACGGCCGCCGCUUCGACCUCGCGACCCGCUGCGAUCUGCGCGACGAGCUGCGGCUGUGUUUCCGUAACCCCGCGUUCCGAGCUCGGGCGCCGUUUCGCGACGCUCCUCCGCAGGCGCCGGCCGGAGCGAAGACGCAGGAGCUUCGGAGACUCGGCUCGGUGGCUCGGCUCCGGGUGGGCGUUCCUUUCAGCGGGGCGGCGGCGGCGCUCGGCAUCAAGUCGCUCGCCGUCUGGGCUUCGCCUUCUCGCCGCUGUAGCGCGUCCGAACUGGAAACCCUGCGGGAAGCGCAUCUGAAAAGCGUGCAAAGCCCCAACCUCUUCGCCGCGUCGCCGGCGCCCCUCCCAAACCCGAUACCGUCCGACACGCCAAUCCCGGAGGAGUUCCUCGAUCCCUUAACGCAAGAGCUCAUGGUUUUCCCUGUGAUCCUGCCUAGCGGGAUGAUAGUCGAUAGCGGCACGCUAGAGGAGUACCAGAAGAGAGAAGCCACUUGGGGGCGUUCGCCCAACGACCCGUUCACCGGCGUCCCUUUCACCCAGAACUCGAAGCCUCUUCCAAACGCUCUCCUCAAGAGCCGCAUCGACCGCCUGGCUCUGCGGACGGGAUGCACGGGGGUCGGGGGAGACCGGGCCGGACCGCGGCCUUCCAGACUCACGCCGGAGGUUAGACUCCUCCCAGGCUCCGGCUGCGAUCGGACGGACGGAUCACGAGCGCCCGGCUCGGACUCUAAAGCGACAGCAGGUUCCCGAGAAAACCAGAGCCGCUCUGCUAAAAGGAAGCACGAGUCCGGUCUUCCCUCCAGCGCCGCUGAACCCGAUCGCUCGGUUUCGAAGAGGGCGUGCGAAGCUCCCUCAGAGCCGGACUCACACGAGCGGCGGUUAGCGGACAGCUUGGAUCAGGCUCUGAACGCGGCCCUCCGCGGCUUACCGGCCUUCACUUCAGCGAGCGUCCAGCGCUCCUCCGGUCUUCAGGAGUGUGUGUUCUGCUCCCGUGGGCUGUCCGUGUUCUCCUCGAGCGCGUCUUACUCUCUGGUCUGCUCUCAUCUGGUGUGUGGAGCGUGUCUGAGACGGCGUGAGAUCAAAUGCCCGGCGUGCGGCUCCUCGUCCUCCGGCAGAGACAUCGCUCGAGUUCAUCCCUGAUUCUCUGUGGAACGUUUAUUAAACUUUUUCUGAAUGAUUCAAAA